GACAGUCCAAAAUACUGUCGCGUAUCUAGGUUUUCAAUUUCCGAUAACGAUGUGCUAGUGUUCAUUCAUAUACAGAAGACUGCUGGAACGUCGUUUGAGAAAUUCCUCGUUCACCAUCUGAAUAUUGAGCAACCUUGUCAGUGCAUUAAAGGAAGGAAACGAUGUACGUGUUUCCGUCCAAAUAGACGAAAGGAGAUCUGGUUGUUUUCUCGUUACUCAACGGGUUGGUUAUGCGGUUUACAUGCAGACUUCACAGAGCUUUACGUUAGCGGAUGUGUGGAUCAGAUGCUCAACAAAAGGGAAGGAACUCAACGGUCACGAAGGUACUUCUAUACGACAUUUCUCCGAGAACCAAUCUCUCGACUCAUCUCAGAAUAUCGUCAUGUCAAUCGAGGUGCCACAUGGAUUGCUUCGAGACAUAUUUGUAACGGUCGCCCGCCUACGUCAGACGAAUUGCCGUUAUGCUUCGAUCCCAACCAAGGUUGGGAUGAUGUUAGCCUGAAUGAGUUCUUACAUUGUCCUUUCAACCUUGCUUUCAAUCGCCAAACAAGAAUGCUCGCCGAUUUGACUCUUGUGAACUGUUACUCUCGGAACAGUACGGAUCCGAAAACGAGAGACCGUAUUCUCUUGGAAAGUGCGAAGAAAAAUUUGAUGGACAUGACAUUUUUCGGAAUUAAGGAAAGAAUGGAAGAUAGCCAGAUGAUGUUUGAAUACUUAUUUAACAUCAGCUUUAAUCGUCAACUGUCAGCGUGGAGUCGGAGCAAAUCGAAUGAUACAGAUGUCACUUCCAAACAAAUGAAGCUCAUCAGAAAGAAUAAUGAGCUUGAUAUAGAGCUUUAUGACUAUGCUCUUAAGCUCUUUAACCACCGUUUGGCAGCUGUUUUGAAUCGAUCAAUGGUCCGCAAAACCAGUGAAGACGAGCCAUCCAAGUACCAAAUACCAAUACCGUAA